AUGUUCAGGAUCGCGAAGAACCUCGUCAGGACGCUUGAGCAGAGCGUCUCGGAGUCGCUGCAGUGGGCGCCGCAGGACACGGUCGACGUGUUCUUCCAGGCGGUCCCGCCGAACUUGCUCGCGCCGCAGCUGGAGAGUCUGGGCCGUGGCGGCGGCGGUGCCGACGCGCAGCAGCACGUCAAUGCGUCGCUCUCGGGGCUGCGGUGCGUCUACGUCGACGACGAGUGUAGGCCGCAGUGCGGCCUACACUCGUUCUUCGACUACAUUGUCGGUGUGGACGAUGACCCAGUGCCCAUGGUCGGGAACCAGCACGGGUACCUGUACCCUGACUACGAGCAGGUCACCGCGUUGCUCAAUGGUCACGCCGCGGAGGGGACCACGCUGAAACUGAACGUGUGGUCCGCGAAAGGUGGACAGUUCAGAGACGUCUACGUCGAUUUGCAACCUCGCGACGCGGACUCAAUGGACGACGUGCCUGUCUCCGAUGACCCCGGCGUCGCGGACACCCGGCAGCACGCUACGUUCCGGCCCCUGGGGGUCAAAGUUCAGUGGACUCCGCUCAUCGCGGCUACAUUCACGUACCAUAUCCUGGCACUCAACAUCGCCUCGGGGCCCGCACAACUCGCUGGCCUGGUCCCUGACGAGGAUUACAUCGUGGGGUGCCAGGACGGGUUGUUGGCCACAGGUGGGCCUCAGUUGCUGGCGGAUAUCGUGAGGUCCCGCGCGGGACAACAACUCACUCUGUACGUCUACAACAAAGUCUCAGACUCGACAAGACCAGUGGUCGCCAACAUUGGACCAGACGGAAGGCUCGGGUGCAAUAUUGGGUACGGGUUCCUCCACAGAAUCCCAGCGGUGCCGGGAUCGGGCGGGGCGACGGACCCCACCACAAUUGCGGCACCCCCGCUUUCAGAAGAGGCAUUCAUCCCAAGCGCAGUCGCAGCUACCACUACCACGGCGCCACCACCUUCAUCACGCAAGAAGAAACUGCCAAGGGACAAAGACAGCACGAUGCUGGAUUACUUCAACGAGGGCAAGGACCCGCACACGCACACUCGCGCUCCGCCAGCGGACCAACAACCGCCGCCACCAACAACGUCAACCUAG